AUGGAUGGCAUGCCGCCAGAUACAGCGCCUGUGCCGUCCAUCGCGCUCGAAACUGCCCUCCUCUCCGCCGCCCGCCUCGCCUACUUCGCCGUCUGUCGACUCUACGUCAACAAGUCGCUCUUCGCGGACUUGCGCGAGGUCAUCCUGGAAGAUGGCUUGUCCAGCGAAGUCGACACGCCUAACGGUGAAGCCAUCGAGCUCGACGAGGCGGAAGGCGGAUACUUGGGACUGAGCGGAAACGGCGGUGGGGCGGGAGCAGGAGCGAAGAGCUCGCACGCCAGCCGGUUGCGAGAGGACGGGCUGGGUGCUGCACUGAGCAAACGCGCGUCCCCGUCGGCAGCAGUGCCAGACCGACGGGACUCGCUUUCGCCGGGACAGACGGGAGUGUCGACAGCGGGAAGGGCGUACACGAGGCUUUCGAAGGCGCUGUUCUGCUUGGCUUUCUCGGAAAGCUGCAUGCUGUUCACGCUCUUGCUCUUCGGAGACGCGGUCAGCGACAGAGCACGGCAUUACAACUGGUCGAUCAGUCUACUCACCCUUCUUUCCAUCAUCGUCUUCGUCAUCCCCUUUGUCCUCUGCCUCCUCGUCACCCACCGCUCCCGGACAACCGUCACUCGAACCCUCCUUCUUACCCUCCCGCCUUUCGCCCUCUACCUCUUCUUCUUCUACAACGUCGGGUCCCUCAUCGCCGACAAGCUCGUCACCGAAGGCUCACACACGUUUGGUCUGGUCAACAGCUUGUUGUCCCGGAUAUGCGUGCCGGGAGUCGUUUUGAUCGCCUCUCUGUCCGGCGGCGGUGCGCUCAACACAGCAUGGGAGGCCUACGAAUGGCGCUCCGUCUCCUCCGCCGAGCCCGUCACCGAUGCACAUAUGGCGCAAGCAGAGAGAGCACUGCAUCGCGCCCGAGUCGACCUUCAGCAGCGAUACCGUUCGCUCGCCCUCGCACAGGGAUCAGCAGCGCGAGAAGCCGACACCGCCUCUUCCCGUUCCCUUCUCUCGAAGUGGACAACCUCCAAUCCGGCCGCGCUGCACCUCAAGAGUGUCGAGAUCGAGGUGGCGGCGAUGGAAAAGAUGGAGAGGCAGAUGUCGCAGGACGUGUCGAGGUUGCGGCGGAGGAAGGCGAUGCGGGAGAUGGGCCGGAGCUUCAAGGGUCGGGUGUGGCUCCUGGUUGGCUGGCUAUUCAGCGUGUACUGCGUGUGGAAGAUCUUCGUGUCCGUCAUCAACCUUAUCUUCGGCUACACGCGUCAGUCGCACCAGCACACCUCAGCGGAGGGCGCCCCGGCACCUCAGGGAACCGACCUCCUCACGUCGCUCCUGACUCGCCUGGCCGUCGUCCUGAACAUCGAGCUGGACGUCGCAACCUGGUCCCGGUUGAUUGGACUCGCGCUCAUCGGCGGCAUCUUGCUCGCAAACAUGCGGAACGUGCUCGGGAGCGUGUCAAGGAUCUUCAAGGCUACAUCUGCAGGCAUCAGCGCGUCGUUCAUGCUGCUAUUUCUUGCGCAGCUCAUGGCGAUCUACCUUCUAACCUCGCUCAUCUCGCUGCCGUCCUCGCCGACCGCCUCGACGACUUCGCUCCUCGACACCCUGCCCGACUUCAACGUCUUCUCACGACUGUUCGACAGCGUCUUCCUCAUCUCUGCCUCGGCGAUCUUCUUCUCGCGGUGGAUCACCCGCAAGUUCCGGGACGAUGCAGGUCUCGCGGCGCAGUAUUCCGUCUAG